CACAACUCCGACGAAGUACUUGAAAUGGAACUCAAAACUAUAAUAUUUCUUCAGAUUGCCGCCGUUAUGGUCCUUGGCAUCCAUUUACUUGUUGCCGGAUCAGAGGUGCAAGCAGAAAAAGAAUUUCAGGAAGAUGGCAUUUAUGUGCAAUAUUGUGGCAAGAAUUGCACACUUCCAAACGAAGAAUCCACCGGAUGCAGCGAAGAUUGCAAAUGCGUUUAUGAAGGCAAUAAUUCUCACGGUAUUUGUAUCAGUAUAUCAAUUUUGGGAAACUAUCAAGAUCUGGAUUUCAACGACACAGAACUCAUCAAAGCUACGCCCCGGCCACCAAGCAACUAAGCCAGAACAUGAAGAGACAAGGAUUCCUAGGGC